UAAACUUGAUGCGCUUCUACUAAACGCCUAUAAAUACACCAAAGAGAUAUGCAUGGGGCUGUCACGUUCAUUAUAUUCACCACCGUUACCAUUCAUUCGCUCUCUCUCAGUUCUUUCAUCACCACAACGCAGCAAAAGCACGACGACGAUGGAGAAGGAGAAGAAGAUGAUCACGUUGAAGAGCUCCGACGAUGAAUCCUUUGAAGUCGAUGAAGCGGUCGUACUUCAGUCUCCGUGCUUGACGAAUGUUGUUGAAGAUUGCGACGAUCCCGUAUACAAGAUUAAGGAAGUCACAGGGAAGAUCCUCGCGAAGGUGAUCGAAUACUGCAAGAACCACGUCGCCGUCGUCAACAGUGCCGAUUCUUCCUCUUCCUCCUCUGGUGAUGAUGCUCUCAAGAAGUGGGACGCUGAGUUCAUCAAGGAGAUGGAUCUGUCCACGGUCUAUGAUCUCCUCAUGGCUGCGAACUACCUAAACAUCAAAGGUCUAAUUGAUCUCGCUUGCCAGAGAGUCGCUGAUGAGAUCGCAGCAUGCAAAGACCAUAAGGAGAUUCGCGCAAAGCUCGGCAUCGUGAGUGACUACACAGCAGAGGAAGAAGCAGAGGUUCUCAAGGAGAACGAGUGGGCUUUUGAUUGAGUGGAGCGGGUUAAAUACGAACCCUAACUAGUUUUUCUUUGUUUUGGUGCGUGUGUGUGUGUUUUCGAAUCUUUAGAUCGGAUAUUAGAUGAACAUUUGCUUUCUUGAUUUGGUUUUUGUGAAUGUGAACCUUUCUUGACGCUUAAGCAAGAUUGAGGAUGAUGAUGAUAAACUGCAUGUAUCUAUCUAGAAGAAGUUCUGUACAUGUGAAGAAGCCUUGCGUUUUAAGAAAUCUUUCUUUCAGCUCUCUA